AAACGACUUCUUACCGUACGCAUCAGUGCUGGUUUCACUUUAUAGUUUGCAUCCCCCUGGUUUUGGUUUGUUUACUAAUUUUACGUGCGGUAUUUCGUUGCGUUUCCGCGUCAUUAUUAUUGGAUUUUAUUCCGUUACUGUGAGCUUUGAUUAUUUCGUUUUGUGGACUUGAUUUUACAGUGACAAUUUGCCGAUAUUUUUUUUGUGCUUCGGAAGUGAUUUUGGAUUCUGUUUUGCUUUUGUUUUGAACUUUUGUGACCGAUUUUGAUAUGACCUAAGGACUUUUAAAGGAUUUGAAUAAGGAAUGACCGGUUCUAUAUGUUGUCGACUAUGGCUACCGUCACCUCUGGCAUUAUAUCUCCAAAUUCCUAUGGCUUGACUACAGAUCCAAUCAAGAUGGCAUCGGACAACGUCGAUCAGUACUCGCGCUACCACCACGACGAUCGGGAACCGUUCGACUCAAACGCGAAUUCCAGCGACUCGGAUCAGGACAACUACGCGGCGUCCUCGCCUAAAACGGAUCUGCCCAAACGGAACAAGAGGAAGAACUUCAAGCCGCGCUGCUCCAACGUUUCUUAUCCGGAGAACGAGGGGUACAACAACGAGGCGCUGAAUUUGAGCGAGUACAAUGACAAUAACAACGUUAAUAAUAACGUGAGGAGAAGAAAGACUACGGCGACCAGGAAGGUUGUGGUGGAUCCCAGGUUCAGUCCGAUGGAUCUGAGUAAAACCAACGACAGCGAUUCGAACAGCGACUCGGAGUUUAACGAAAACUACCCGAAUUCCGACAACGAUGACGAGGCGAACGAGAACAGCAGCGAGAACGACUCAAAAAUUCCACAAAGUUUCUCGAUUCAUACUUUAUCGAAACCUCACGUGCCGGAUUUUUCUCAGAAUCCGCCGCAUUUGAGUCAAGAGCAAGUGAUGGAGAUGAGGCAAUACGCUAUGAAUACUAUGAGGGAGCUGUUGGGCAUUUACGGAUUGACGUCUGAGGUGUUCGAGAGCAUAUCCAGGCAGCUGCCCAUGGCUGCUUUUAGCACUGGUAAAAUCUUCGACAACUUCUCGCUGAACCCGCCCCAAAAAAAAGACGGUACGCCUCCCUCGCAACCCCCCACACCUCCGUCGACGCCGCUCUCCCCAAAAUCCGGCGAGGCCGCCUCCAAACUCUCAAACAUUCCCUCGUCGCAAAGUCUGUCGGUCAGUCAUUCCCAAUCUAGUCAAAAAUUACCUCAUAUUACCUCCGUAGGCUGUCAAGGAUCGCCCGUUGUCUGCCAAAGCACGCCACUGAACCUCGGUAAGAAGCAACAGCCGUACACCAAUGGCGUUUCGCAUUCGCCGGACUUGCUGUACAGUAGCGCCGAACUGGAGGCGCUGAGGAGGGUGAAAGAGGAAACCGGGGGCGAUAUGGGCACGCCUAGUGGGAGGGGCAUUUUUCCUUCAAAUUUUCUUCCAUUUUCUCAAUUAUCAAAGACUGAUUCUUCUAGCCCCCCACCACUAGAGCACAAUCCCCUAAAUGCAAUGAUGGCCCAAUCUCUGGCACCCACCCAAUCCAGAGAAUCAAUUUCGUCAUCAUCCAACCACCUCAUGAGCAAACCUACCAGCCAACUGGAUUAUUCCAAAUACGUUAGAAAAUUUUCUUCUUCGUUAGAAUGCGGCAAUUCCUAUUGCAAGGACUUAAAUUACAGGGAGCAUUUCCAUUGUCUAGACUGCAAUUCACGGGUAUUUAUCAAGAAAGAAGAGAUGAUUAGACAUUUCAAAUGGCACAAAAAACGAGAUGAAUCCCUACAACACGGUUUUAUGAGAUACAGCCCGUUAGACGAUUGCGGGGACAAAUUCGGAAAUUGCACUCACAACAAGAAACAGACGCAUUAUCAUUGCAUUAAAGAAGGGUGUGAUAAGGUUUAUAUAUCGACAUCUGACGUACAAAUGCACGCCAAUUAUCACAGAAAAGAUUCCGCCAUAAUUCAAGAAGGUUUCCAAAGAUACAGGGCGACGGAAGAAUGCGGAGCCAGCUACUGCGCCUUUUUCGGACAAAGAACGACACAUUUUCAUUGCAGAAGAAGCGGUUGCAGAUUCACCUUUAAAAACAAAAGCGAUAUGGAAAAACACAAAUCGUACCAUAUAAAAGACGAGCAACUAUCCAGAGAUGGAUUCAAAAAAUUCAUGAAGAACGAGAUUUGUCCGUUCGACAAUUGUCGCUUCUCGAAAGUAUGCAACCACAUACAUUGCAUUCGUCCUCAGUGCAGCUACGUCCUUCAUUCCUCCGGUCAAUUGUUUUCCCAUAAACGUAAACACGAAAGAAAAGAUUCCGAAUUGGCGUACAGAAAAUACAAACUGGCUCAAAGCAUGCUGAAAACGCUGACCGAUAGUCCGGCGCAGCAUCCGAUGGGUUUCUCCAGAGACUACGAAGCCCAAAUUGACAGUUUAAAUCUAUCGAUGUACAAUCAGUCAUCGGGCGCGAUGUCCAACAUGUCAAAUCUAUCGAACACCGAAAGUUUAAGUGAAAGAAACUCACCAGUCAGCUACGAGGAGUCUGAAUCGGCUUCCGCUAUAGAUUUGAGCGCCAACGAAUCUAACUUUGCUCACGAAGAUAACAUUUCGUAUCACAGCGACGAUUUCUGGAGGAAGUACUGUCAAUUCGUACCGGAAAACCAGUGUCCCAAUGACAAAUGCGAGUUCACCUUCAUCGAUCACUUUCACUGCUUCGUGGAUAACUGCGAAAUGGCAUUUAACUCUAAAGACUCUGCUCGCGAACACGCCAGAAAUCACGAACAACAAGAAAUGAUUACAGAAAACUACUUUACCACUAUUACAGUACAAAACGGCGGCUGUGAAGAUUCUUGUAUCUAUCAAGACAAGGAGAAACACUAUCACUGCAAUUGGGACAAUUGCAGAGAGGUAAUUUUACCUGUGGAUAAACCGUUUAGAAGGUUGGAGCAUUACAAAAUGCACGAAUAUUCAAAGAAAUUGAGUUUAACUAAAGAUCCCUUAACGAUGACGCAUUUAUCAAGUUCUAUCGAUGGUAUGUUCUGCAGAAAAAGGGGAAGACCGCCCAAGAAUAGGGUCAUCGAAGUUUGGAAUGAUUAUAAUUCUAUGGGUUCUCAAAGUUUAAUGGACAGUCCACAAGCCAUUUUUACCAGCUUUAAGCUUCCAAAACCUUCAGCGACGCCAUCUAGUAGCAAAGAAGUCGAACAACCGGAUUCCAAUGAUGAUAGAUCCAGCACCCACAGUGUACCGCCUCAAGACUACUCCCUGCAAGGCUUCGACCUUUUCAACGAAAACACAAAGUGCCCGGACAACCUUUGUCCAUACUUAGGUUCUGCUCACUUCCACUGUGUUCAAAACCGAUGCCUUUACGUUACCGAUAAAGAAGACACUCUCGUAGUGCACGCUAAAGACUUCCACGACAACGUAGAAAUCCUAGACGGCUUUGAAUUCUACGAUAGAAACAUCGAUUGUAGGCUGUUAGGCUGUCCAAGUAACAGGACGAAUAGGCAUUUUCAUUGCACCAGACCCGGAUGUAACUAUUCGUUUGUUCAAUAUUCCACCAUGGCGAUUCAUAAGCAGAAACACGAAGAGGAAGUUGGUAUUGGGAGCCUGCCAAAGCCUGAGAUUAGGGUUAAAAGCGAGGCUCAGCUGACCGAGAGAGCUGAAAGCAGCGAUGGGCAGUUUAAGGCUAUGAACUUGAGCCAAGCGGCUGAUAACAAAGUUUCAGUGGUGAAGGCAUCCGGGACUUUCUAUCCUUUAUCUACGUUGCCAACAGAAUUACAAAAAUCACCAGAUUAUAAAACUAUCGUCUCAGAACCCCCUCAACAACACGACCUUCUACCUCAAACCUCAGGCAGCAACACCCUCUACGGUCCAGAGCUAUGUUGUUCACGACCGUUCUGCAAGCUGAAGAGGAAGUACCACUACCACUGUAACGCCUGCAACCAAGCUUUCAGCGAACUGGACCGUCUGAUAACGCAUGUCGCUAAACACAGCUCAGGCGCUCUAAGCAGCCAACAUCAGGAAGAAACCUCACCUCAAUCAUUCAGCCCCCCGUCUCCUCAAACCCCAAUAUCGUCUAGUUCCACUAUAAAACCGUCUGCGGAAAGCAAGAUCAGCGUGGCACCUCUACAGUCGUUACAAAACCCAACGCCAAAGAAAGAACAACACGAACCAUACUUAACACCGACGUUCGACGCUUACAACCACUUCAACAACUUCCCAGCCAACCUCCAGUUUGCUUUGAUUUCGCAACAACAGCAAAUGCAGAACCCCUUCCUGCCUCAAAGUCUGUAUCAGAACCCACAGUUGAUGUUCCAGCACGCCCAAUUGAUGCAGAGCCCUCUAUUGGCACCCCAAAGUCCUUACCCUGGAGAAAAUUUAACUAACCCUCUGGCGGCGAUGGCCGCGAAUUUAAACAAGAGAGCUAUGGAUCCGCAAGAUACUCCCGAAUCGAAGAAGGCUAGGAUUCAAAAUUCGAUGAGGAUUUUGAAGGAUGAGCCCGUUCCCGAGGGAUAUCUGAGGUUUAGAUUUAAUGAAGACUGCCAAUAUACGCAUUGUGGAUACAGGGAGCACCAAACUCAUUUCCACUGCCAAAGACAAGACUGCGGUUAUAGUUUUUGUGACAAGACGAGAUUUGUCCAACAUACUGCAAGACAUGAAAGGCUUGAUACCCUUAUGGGAGGCGAUUUCCAACAGUAUAGAGCUAAUGUGGCUUGCGGUAGACCAGAUUGUGCUUAUACGGCCAAUUUAGGAUCGACCCAAAACAAAGCGUCCCAUUUCCAUUGUCUAAAAUGCGACUUCGUGUGCACAGAUACCAACAAGGUGGUCGCCCAUAGACGUCAACACCAAAAGUUAGAUUCGAUACAAGCAGCGGGAUUUGAAAAAUUUACUCCAAGUCAAAUUUGCCGAGUGCCGAACUGUCAACAUAGCGGAAAACAGACUCAUUACCAUUGCCUGCAAUGUCAAUACGCUGUAUUAGGCUUAGCACAGAUGUCUGCGCACAAAUACAGGCAUAUGGAAUAGAAAUGUAUUACCAGUUGAUAGUAGAAGAUAAAAUAUGAGAAAUUAGAAAAAGAGGUGCGUGUGUUUAUUAAAAACGGAACCACCUUUAGAUAGAAGUACAAAAAAGUAGUUAUUCCGGCCCAAAAGGAUCAGAGGCUAGAAUAACAGUGGGGAAGUAUUAUGCUUUUGGCAUAAACGUACGUACAUACAAUAAAUAAUAUCUGCCCAAUUGUAGAAGACUAAAAAACCAAAUAUGGAGGUGCAAACUGACAUUUAGUUAAACAAAAAUGUGUGAAAAAAUACGCAGUAUUUAAAGACGAAAUGGAGAGUGUUUUAUUUCUGAUAAAAGCGCUGUUAAAAUGAGUGACAUCUGUCAAAUGCUACCAACUUAGAAAUAGAUAUGUUGGCAGCAGUGAUUUAGGUAAACUGUCAAAGAAAGGCAUAUAGAGUUCGUCUUACGAACUAAAAAUGAUUGAAAAUUGUUUUAGAAGUCACCAUUUUAAUGGAGCAAACAGAUACAGAAAUACGAGAUGUAAAUAUUAAUAACUAUAUUAGUUUUUAUAUGGGAUAAGUUUGAUUUUGGAUAUUCUAGUAUUUGGGAGUUAUUUUUUAACGAAUUUGGGGUGUUUUUUUUUAUUUAAUGUUAAACAUAAUUUUUUUAAUGAGGUCAAAAAAAGAGUAUGCGUCGAAAAAUACCCGAAUUUUGACUAAAAAUUUCAUACCUAUCAUGAGUAUUAAUGUACCUAUUAUAAAAUUAUUAUAUAAAUAUUGUAAAUAGUGUAUGUACAAAAGAAAAACAAAAACCUUCGAAUCUUGUAAAAUACUUGUAAAUACUUAAAAACAAAAGCAAUAAUUUAAUAAUCUCAGAAAAAAUAUUUAUCGAGAAAAAAAUUAAAAACAAAACAAAAAUCUACUUUCGAGAAAGUGUCAACAACUGACUGAUAAGAUUAACUUAAAGUUAUAAAAAUAGAAGAGAAAUGAAAUACAAAAUGAUGUAUUUGCUUACAAAUCACGAUUCUAGUUUCUAGAAUUUUGUUAAUUCAUACUAAAACAUUUUUUAUUCCAUUAUUUACUUUUUUCUACAACUGUGAAUAGAUAAAAAUGGCUGAGCGUUCCUGCUAAUUAAAAUGGCCUCUUAUGCGCCAGUAGAUUCGGCCAGUACAAUAACCAUCUAACAACUCUUCUUUCUUAUUUUUUUAUUUAACCAGCCGUUCCAUAUCAUAUAAUUAGUGUUUAUAAAAAACUUUAUUAAGGAUAACACUUUCAUCAUAUUUAAGUUUGCACAAAUUAACUCAGUUUAACAAAAAUGAAGACAGAAACUUCAGCCAUGACCCUCAUCAUUCACGGUCGUAGAAGAAGUUUGUGCAUGCGUGCGUGGUCAUACCUUUCAAAAGAUUUUAACAAUCAAAACGUUUUAUAAAAGAACAAAAAAAAGAUAUAAUAUAUUAUUAGGUAUUGAUAUAUUUGAGAGGUAUAACCAGUAGAACGAAACCAGUUAAAUCUUCUAGAGAAAAAAAUUCAAAAAAUAGUUUUUUAAUUUAUCCUAGGGAACAAAUUGUAAGGAAAAAAAGACAUAGUUUUCUAGAUUAGAAGAAAUUAGCAAUAGAG